AUUUGAGGACGCAAAACCCUAAAUUGCAAUGGUUUCGAAAGAUGAUGAGUUCGACCGCGAUGUAUCGAAGUUUCACUGUUCGACUAAUUCUUCCUUUUCUAGCACGGUAUGCCUCAAGUUCCAUUUUCAUGAGCGUUUUAUAUUUUGAGAAAGCGACUAUCAGGGCUUUCUGAAGUUCUUGGAAAUAGCACGUUGCUGGGAGAAUGUUACGACUUUUGAAGGAAAUGGUGCGAAUUGCUCUGAGAAGAAAGGAUUCAAGCUAUUUCGUUUUUAUUUGCCUUAUUUACUUCAUCCAUUCUUCUUCCAUCAUUGAUCGUACUCAUGGUGAAAUUUCAUAUGGCAUCCAGGAUUUAUUUCAUAAUUUCAAUUCCGCGCAAGGUUCACAGAAACGUCAAAGAACGCUACGGCUAACCAAUAAGGAUGUUUACCGGCUCGCUGGGUUCGAUCUUUAGAGUUUACUAGGCGGAGGAUCGGUGAAAAAAGGUUUUACGGAAGACAAGGAUAGCUUCGAAUCAAUUUCGAUUCGAAGCGCCUCAAGAACAGCUUGGUAGUCCGGAAGUCCGCGCCAAGAGCCCUUCCUCAAAUUCAAAGUCCAACAAGACACAAGCUCACUCCUUUAAAUUUUGACGACGACUUUUCGGCCGCCACGCAAGCGAAGAGAAAGCGGAAAAGAAGUGCGACACCCAACCUAUAGUGAAUAGGUGUUAAAGAACGAUGAAAAUUGAUUAUAACUUGAUGCAUUCAAAUGUCAUGUCUUGUUUCCCACCCAGUGGCUCGUCCGAUAUCGUCCAAAGAGUUAUCAAGUUUGACCCACAUCAAAACCCAACUCCGUUUCUAAAGCUCUAACACCGAACGCGUGCUUGGACUUCUUCCCGAGUAUGGCAUUGAUCCUUUUAUGGAGACCAUAGUCAAAAACAUAGCCGGUGUGUUUAAUAUUAGAAAGAGCUUAUUCCUGGUCAUCGGAAAUUAACCGAGCCAGCAUAAAUCCCGAGUGGGCUAUCCUGCUCCACACCAUACCACCGGUAGAGGUUGAGUCUCCACAUCUAACGUCACAUUUGCUCAUAUACGAACAGAAAAUUCUCAAAAAUACAUGGGGAAAUACUUCCAUGCAUUAAGACAUCGUCCCAUCACCACGGUUCAGGGAGCUCUGCAGAUUCCAUGCAUCGGCUAAUGCUAGAAACAUGGCGGUAAGAAUUCAAUCCUUGUGUUUUGCAUAUUUUAGUCUUCCGCGAUACAAUCAUUCCAUUUCUAAGUGGACCGCUAAAGAUUUUCAUCAUAAAAUCAAAAUCAAACCCUUACAAGACCUGGGGAUUGGAUACCGGUUUAGUCGUUUGGCAUGAGUGCCGAGAUUAUAACAUGGUCACACGCAACCACUGCUUGGGCUUGGGGAAGUUUAUCUGGGUAUAAAUCCUUGGAUUCCCAGAACCAUAAUCAUGGGAUAGUCGUACCUCAUUGAAGAACUGUUAUUUCAAAGUCAAAAUGGUUGUUCAAUUGGUCUCCAAGUCUUCAAAAUUCAGUCAAUCGCGCUUCCUAGAUGAUAUUCGAAACCUCUCAGCGUCAAUCAAAGCACCAUACUCCGAGCACACAACCAUUAAGGUCCUCUCCGUAUUUUCCCGUUCGUUCCACAACGGUGUUGUUCUCUGGCGUGUAACGGAUCGCCCAGGUGAUGCUUUAAACUACCGGUUCUACUCCCGGGAACCGAUAGAUACUGUAUCCAUUGCUGCAUCCGCAGGUCUCCUGUCUCCUGAUAUUGUCAAUACAUUAGGGAAGUUAAUUAAUUCCUGGAGUUCGCUGUACGAUGGGACACCCGAAGAGUCAUGCGAUUUCGACGCCGAGAAGGGGUUGGUAAAGGCAUGGGUUUACAUGGGUGGGAUGAGACCUCUUGAUGAUAUAUUAGGCGCCGAAGGUGUACCAGAAAGCGUGAGACAACAUGAGAAGAGGUUCAAGGAAUUGGGGUUGCAGAAAGUGCGACAUGUAGCUGUGGAUUACCAAAAACAAACUGUCAAUUUAUAUUUCCGAGCCCAAGGUCCUAUAUCUUUUCAACAAGCAACAUCUUUCAACGCAUUAGCCGGAGCGGAACCACCCAGUCAAUCUCAAUUCGUUGAAAUGCGGGAGUUUUUGAACACGGUGGGAUAUACAUUCGCGGUUACAAUCAAGAUCGACAGUGGGGAAAUUGAGAGGGUGGGUUAUUAUGCAUUGAAAUUGCCUGAAAGAGCGGCUAAAAAAUGGCCGGCUAUCAAUGCACAAUUGGAAAGAUUUGUGCAAUUUGCACCUAGCUACGAUAGGGAAGAAAUGAAUGCUGUAGCGUGGAGUUUCGGAGAAAAGAAGACGUAUGUUAAGUUCGAGAGGAGUUACUGCGGGGAAUUGAUACCCUUAAUUAAGGGCUGGGGCACUACUUUGAGUUCAUGAUGAGGGGAUAUGGCUUUGGGAUGAGAUUCUUGGAUAUUAGGAAAGGAAUACUAGGAGAUACUACGGCGAGACAUUUGAUUUGGGAGACGGAGAUUUGCAGGAUGAUCUAAACAUUAUGCGGCUUUUCUUCGUCGGUAUUUCUUUGGUGUUUGGAGUCCGUUUAGAAGAAUAAUAUGUAAUUACCUUUCGUUUAAUCAAUUGAAGUACAGAGAUAUUGGAUCAAU